CACGAGCAGCCUAUUCAUUAUUCAUGUGCUUGCAGUCGCCCUGUUAUGAUACAGUCCCAUCCGGAGUGGCCUACACCUGAUUUGUUCCGCGCCUCCGUCGGGCGGUACGUGGCCCUGCGUCGGCCGCCUGUGCGCGCUCAUAGGUCGGAUCCAGAAGGCUCGAAGAGGAAGAGGAGGGGUGAGCAGACUGCAAGGAGGGGGAGAGGUCCAGCUGCAAAAAAAAAAAAAGAAUUAGGAGAGGGGGAGAAAAAGAACCGUGACAAUGGCAACAUCAAGCUACUCCUAGGUUGUCGAAAAGGAGGCGGGCAGGAGCUGGGACGCGCCGGGCCGCCUUGUGAGCGCCUCUUCCUGGAAUACGAAUCGCGGCGUAACAUGGAGCGGCGCAGCAGAGGAGAGUUGCCGUGUCUCCAUCACUGAGAGGCGCGUCCACCUGCUAAGAGGAGGCCUGGGCUGCUGCUCCUGCCGCUGGUUCUGAUUCUGGUGUAGCUGCUGCUGGCUGGUGGAGCAAGCAAAGCAGGCUGGCUGGCCGGGGCUGGUGGGUGGGGGACAUGCAGGGGGGACGUGUUUGCAUUUGGGAGGAAAGAAGACGCACCUUCUCACAUUCCGCCCGAAGCUCUUGCGGAGGAUCCGAUUGCGACGCGCGGAGAAAGACGCAGUUUUUUGUGGUGCAGACGCUCUGGAGGUGGGACAGUCAAAAUGAUGCAUAGGUGCAGCGUGGAGCCGUAUUGAUGGACGUGUUAACAGACAGCGGUCUCACACUCAUUGUGAAGACUUUCCAGGCCGACGUGGCGGAGGACACAGGGGUAUGUGAGCAGAGUGGUGACCUGAGUCUAAGCAGACUUGAUGCUGCUCUCCCACCCCCACCUCCUCCUGCAGUGGAGUCAUCACAGCGGCUCUGCCCAGCACACCAGAGACCCACGCUCACGUCACCGACGCUCUCCUUCCCUCUCCCCCUUGGCACUGACCCCUCUUUGGGUCUGACAGCAGCUCCAUGCCCUCCCUCCCAUGAGGUUCCGAGCCUCAUCCCUCACUUUCAACACACCCCGAGUGCCGCCUCGCUUCCUAACCCAGCUGUUAGCUCCUGGGGCCCGAUGAGAGAUACCCAGAAGAGCAUCCGGUUACCUGCUGCCACCUCUCUGUCACUGACAAUGAUGGAGCCUGACAACGUAUCUACCCUGACAGAGGAGUGUCUCCUUCAGCCGGGCCCCACCUGCCUCGGUUGCUUCAUUGAGAACUGUGACGCCACCUCCGAGCAGCACCCACCACACGAGCCUAGCACGAGCCCUAAUUCAGAAACUGGACUAAGUGUACGGAUAGGGGACGUGAACCGGGAGGAUUUCUCUGACAUCAACAACAUCAGCAUCCAGUGCCUGAGCCAUGCGGGGGAGACAGUGAGUCACUACGGAGAACAGCUCCUCUCUGAUCAGCUACUUAAUUUUCCCCUGCCGAAAGCCUCUGAUGAAGGCAAGCGGGUGGAAGGAAACAAAGCUGAUGCAAAUGACUGUGACGACCCCCAGGACGAUGCGACAACCAAGAACUUAUAUGAAGGACUGUUACUGGACAAAGUCAGUGGGGAGGAGGUACUGUUGGCUAACGCCAGCCAGGACUGGGGUUACUUUGAAUCCUUCAUCAGCGAGAGUAAGAUGGAGCUGCUGGAUCUAUGUUCUAAGAACGAGCUGUCAGUCAACCUCUUCUCCGAGGAAGAUGUUGACAAUUUAUUUGAUGACGAAGAUGACGACUCUACGUUAAGCAGUGACGUCUGUUCACUAAAGAUUCGUUACGAGUCGUUUCAGGACAACAUGAGGGAAAAAACGAAUGUGCUCCAGGAGGAGACACAGUUUAAUUUUUUCCCUAGUGUCCUGGCCAACUGUGCCAAGAAAGAAGAAGGAGUAGGAGUCUUGAGGAGGAGUGCUGAUGAGCUGCAGCCCAAAUCCGAUGAGCUCGUUUUGCAACCAGAACAGGAGGAAAACCCAGGAGACUGCAGCGGCCAGAGCCCUCUUGACGGCUCCCAAGGCUCACCCAUGUCAACUCCUAAAGUGAGCUACGUAAUAGACUUUAAUUCUACAGAGGAAUCGGGGGAAUUCAGCGACGACAGCUCCUGCACUGGCUCCUCCUCAGACACCGUGCAGGAGGGCAAAUUUAAGAAGGGUCACUCCAAAAGAUUCCUCAGUCCCUCAAAUCCACUCAAUUAUGGUUUGCGUUCCAAAAGAAAGGUUCGAUACAGUGAUGAUUACUUAUAUGACGUUGAUUCACUUGAGAGUGAGAAGAAUGCAGAGAAAAAAGAGAAACCACCGCCUGGUCAGAAAGAAGAGGAAGACGUAGACUGGUGUCCCAAAAAACGGAGGAAAUCGUGUCGUAAAGAGCCGCCCGUGGUCAUCAAGUACAUCAUCAUCAACAGGUUUAAAGGAGAGAGGCUCAUGUCGGUGAAACUGGGCAAACUAAACCCCGCGGAUGGUAGCGUGAGCUUAAACGCCGACACAAUAAGCAAAUACCAAACUCUGGCUCCACUGAAAGAUUACUGGCAGGCAAAGCAACGAGAGAGACAGGAGCGGCUCAAGCUGGUCGCCAGAGAUAGACAGCAACGUGGUUUUCAUCUCAACGGACGCCACCAUCGUCCUUUUAAUUCCAGUCAUCUUAAAAGAAAAUACAAGAUUGCAAACAGAUUAAAGGUUCAGAGGAUUCACACCGUGGAGCGAUCGGUCAUUGUGCACGGUUCUCUGCCCUCUGAUCAGGCCCAAGGGGGCAUCACGAAAGAGGAGGGCACCCUUAUGUUGGGGGGAAUAGCAGCAGCUCCCGACAUACCAGUCACAUUAGACUUAAACUCCAUCUCUGACCCAGUUGUAAUCAAGAGUCGCUCGCAGGAGAGGGAGGAGAGAGAGGGGAGGAGGUUGGGAAGGAAUAAAAUAGUCCGGAUAAGAAAAUUCAAAAGCGAAGCCAGGCUGAGAAGCCUGAAAAUGAAAGCGGCAGAAGGAGAAGAUAGGAAGAGCGUGACAAAUGAAACGGACGCCCCUGCAGCAAACACUGAGGAACUUGCUGUUGGGGCAACAGACGCAAGCAUUAGCUCAACCACAGGCAAACCGGAUUUCUCUGACAAUGCGAUCGCAAGUGACACCGAUAAGGUGAAGUUUCCAUUUGUUUCAUCCUCCUGUCCUGCGAGCAAAGCCUCGCCCUCAGAGGAGGUGGAAACUGGGGUUCCUGUCAUCCCAGGGGGCUACCUACAGACCCUGCUAGAUGCCACAGACUCCUCUGGAGGGACAUCUAUCCCAUAUUUCCCUCAACAGCCCUCUAGGCAACAGUAUCCCGUGGGCCUUUCCCUAGAGGAGAAGCAAUUUUGCUCUCUUCAACUCGCUCAAAGCUGUGUACUCUCCCCUCCUUCGGAAUCGGAGCUCCAACAAUCGCCCCAGAAUUGCCCCAGUUUCCCCCAAAUGUGGCAUCCACAGCUCUGCGCCAACCCUAACCAAAACUUUGGACCUGACACCCCUGAGACCCCUAUCCUACCCAACAGCUUCCCACCGGCCAUACCCGUAAGUGAGAGCCUGCCCGUUUCUAACUACAGCCAAGUGAGCCCCGAGGGCGAGCGGGUACUUUACGAGAAGAAUUACCUGACUGAGCCUGGACUCCAGCCUGGGUCAGAUCUGCAAGUAUGUCAGUCAACCUGUGUAGAGGGCCAGGUGCAAUACCAGAGAGGGUCUCUGUGCACUGACAACGGAAGACUCAUCAGCUACGACUCGGUAGGUUCCCUAUCCGCUUCCUCGAGCAAUUACAGUUCACUAAGCCUCAAAUCGUGCGAGCGAGAGGGUGAGGAAGAGGGCCGAGACAGUUUCUUAGCUCACUGCAGUCCUAAAAUGGUGAUUCAGCAGAGUAUGGAUGCCCUCACGCCACUCAGGGAGUCCUCAGACCUGCUGGACAUCUCCAACUUUACCCCUGACAAAUUUAGACACUCGUCAUUGUCAGAGCUUUCCCCGCCGGAGACGCCCAACCUCUCGCCGCAGGUUGCGGGACGUGAGAUGAAGAUACCAGGGAAUGUCGGAAAGUAUCAGGAUGUGAACGAUACGUCCACGGAGCGCAACAGGGACGUCAAGUGGAACUGUGACAUUAUGCAGCAACAGGAGCACACGGGAAAUGCCUACACAGUGGAGGACAGUCAGUUUCCACUGCACAAUUUUAAUAGCCAGGAUGUCUUAUGUUUAGAUAAAAAAGGGGAACCGGGGGCGACAGAAUUUAAUGAACAGACUGAUAAAAUGUCAGGGGCCAAAAACAUCAAGUCAAAGCGGAAAGGCAAUUACAAACAGGCAGCUGCGGGACAGAGCCCAAAGAAAGUUCGGGCCCCCAGAACCCCCAAGUCGGAAAAGGUGAAGACCCCCAAGCAGAAUUCCCGUUCAACCAAAAAGAUAAAGGCCAUGUUAGAGGGGAAGGCGGCCAAGAACCAGGCGGAUGGGUGCGGCGCAGGUCUGACUGACAGCACAAGCGGCGGGGACUGGUCUGGCACCGGGUGGUCAGAGGGCAACAGUCUCGUCGCAGACGACCAGAGAGAGUUUGAGGAGCCCUCCAAUAUCCUGUCCAACAUCGUCUCUGGCAUGGCUGAGGUCCAGAGAUUCAUGAUGGCCUCCAUUGAGCCGCUGUGGAAUCCCAUGUCUGAGGCUGAUGCACCCUUUGAGGCCAAUAGCCUCAACCUAAAGACCCUUAAAAUCUUGGCAGGCACUGAGUCCGAUCUGAAGAAAAAGGGUGCCGCGCUAACAGGGGCCGGGAGAGGCAGGAAGGCAGGGGGGAAAGGAGGGAAGAACCAGGCCAAAUUCAACCCCACUCAUCCCUUAUUCCCUCAACUGGCUCUGGGUUGUGACAUGUUUGACAAACCCAACUUUAUCAACCCCGGGCCUGCGCACAAAAAGUUGUACCGUCACAAGACCAGUGCAAAGUUUCCUCGCGUUGAAACGCUGAAGGGGAAGCGAGCGGAGAGAGACCCAAAUAAGGACAUAGCACUGAUGAUCUUUGAGAAACUGAGAAUGUGGAUGUCCUGUUGUUGCCGUCCUUCAUACACUGCCUGGCUCAUUUCAAGAGGGAAACCUUCAAUUAAUGAGCCCUAUUUAAUCCCAAGGCAUCUUGAAAACACAAGAUGGGACCAUUUUGUAUUGAUGACAUAUCAGACGUCUUUUUUCCCCUCGAGGCCGGAAUGAUUUUCUUUUGUCAAGCACUUCUUUUUCUUCUGGAGCCUUGAGGAACUGGUUAUCUACAUUUACAUUUUUACGCCUUGCAAAGUCAUAAAAGCUUCACCCUCAGAGUAUUUUUGUCAUUGUUGCUGUACAGGGACAUGCAAUAUUUGCAACAAAAAAAAAAAGAAAAAAACACGGAGAUAAUUAUACCUUAAAAUCAAUGUGCCAAAAGUAACAAUGCUGUGUAAAUGACCUCUUAUAUAUGUGUGAAUAUUGGCUGUUCCUAUUUUCUAUCUACCGGAAUAUUGGCUCCUUACAGACACUUACCACGACAAGAAUUCUUUGUUUGGGACUCUGUCUCUCUCUCUCUGUCUCUCACUCUCUCUCUCUGUCUCUCACUCUCUCUCUGUCUCUCCUCUCUCGUCUGAUGAAAGGCACCAACAGCUGGCAGUGGUACACCACCACUCACUAAACCAAAUCAGAAACACUCUUCUUACCCCAACACCACCACCACCAUCACCACUUUGUUUGCCAAAUUCAAUUUACCUCAACAUCGCACUGAAAAGCAACAAGCGAGAGAAACAAAAGGGGAAAUCUUCUCUGAAGGCCACUGAAGAGGAUGAGAGGAAGAUGCAUUCAAACAAGCUUUCUGUGAACCAAGGAGAUUGUCGUUAGGAUGUUUGAGGCUAAGCAAGGAAAUGAUUUGUCAGUUGGGGCUGAGUCUCACUGAAUAGCUCUUUUGGACGGAAGAUUCAAGGCAGUUUAUGACACACACAUUUGGAUGCACGUGUCGGUCCCAAAUGGCAGUCGGGCCCGGGCGGCAUCCUUUGCAGUUAAGAUUUCAUGUGAAUGUGAAAGCAGUUUUUGGUACAAAUGGAAUCAGCGAUCUUGUAAAUGAAGAAAAGCAUCUUUUCGUGGAUUCCAUGUCAAAGGUUUGCUUUGAAUAAAUCCAAAAUGAUGACGUCAAUAUCAUUUUCUGCACAUUCUUGUGGAGUUUUAUUUUUAAAUUCGUGUAUUAUUUUGCACCAUUGGCAUAUUCACUUUUUGUUUUCUUUUUUUCAUGGAAUAUCAUUGUUUACUUAUCGCAGUUUUUGGUCAGGUUUUGGCAGAAAAUCAAUACCAUAGUAGUGCAUAAUUUAAAAAAAAAAAAAAAAAGGUAAAAAUGCUCUAUCCGGUACCAUUUUUUUUAAUCGACCGCUAUUCAUUUGCGAUUUAGCUUCCAGGAUUCAACCUUAAAUACAAUCAAUGUGUUACAAAUGGCUGCCACAUUUUAUAUAUACUUAAGGAAGGUGCAGCUUCUUUUACAGAUACGUGUAUACACCAGACAAAGGCCUGUGUUAUUUUUUGGACAUUCUAUUAAAAGGCGAUGAGUGCAGACAUGCAAGCUUAACUUAGAAACGGGCCUUGUCACAAAGGACAUUGUGGCACAAGGAUGAUAGUAAUAAGAUCAAAAAUCAAACUUUAUUGCUUUAAUGUUUUUGUUUUUCCCUUUGCCAUGAUCCUGCUUUUCCUCCAGAAUAUCAGGGUUAGGACCAAGACGAGCUGCUGAUGGGAAGCUCCGCACGGGUUACAAAACCCAUUUAGUCUGCCUUCUCUCAUUUCUGCCUAUUGUCAAAUUGAAUGUACUUAUCUAAGUUUUGAUUUUUUUUCCGUUUGUUUUCAAAAUGUGCCACUGUUGAGCUGCCUCAUUUUAAUGGUGCUAAGAAAGCUGACAUUUUGUUUUGUUUCUUUUCCCAGAGUUAACAAAAAAAGAAAUGCAAACUAGAUUAGGUUCCUAAUCCUCCUUAUGAAUGUAUAUUAAAAUGUUAUGUUUGAUGUAUUCACUUCAUGAUUCUUUGACAUUGAUUGGAAUUACUUUUGCUCUUUUCAUUAAAAUAUUGCCAAGCUUUAUAUAUACUGUCUAGAGUUGUUACCAGAAGGAAUCUUAAUGAACUCUUGACACAACAAAAUCUUGUAUAUUUUUUGUGUGCCAAUUUGUAACAUAUUUUGUAAGUGUAUAUUUUUCUUAGAAAGUGCUGUGAAGUAUUUGUGUGUGUGAGUAACCUUUUAUGCGCCUCGAUGGGCAGUGGAAAGGAUAUACAAUGACAAGUUUCUGGUUUUAAAAACCAAAAUAUGAAAGUAUCAACAAAAAACUACAAAUAUUUACAUUUUGUUGGGAGUUUUUGUAAUAAGACCAUGAUCUUGUUGUGUGAGUGUUGUGUUACUGUGUAAAACACAAAUAAGCAAAGAAAAAAAAGAAAACUUUGGAGAAAAAAAAUAUAUAAUUUGUGAACAAUUUGCUGUUUUAUAGAUUUUCAUGUAAAUUAUUUGAGUAUUAUUUUCUUUUUUUUUUCUUUUUUCUUUUUUGUUUGUUUGUUUGUUGUAACUGUUGCAAAGGUUUUAAAUAUUUGUGAUCAAGCCUGUAUGGUGAUAAUGUAAUAUUGGUAACUUGCUGAGUUUUGUAAUAAUGUUUAUGGAGUAAAUAUACAAAUUAAAAUAAGAUUUUGAAUGCUG